AUGCUUGUCAGCUUGGAAACCGAAGAAGAAGCAAUCAGAACAGCGGAAGAAGUGAAGUACGUCCACCAACGAGGUGGAUUCGAGAUCCGUAACUGGAUAAGUAAUUCGACAAUAGUCCUGGAGGCUCUAAACGAAAAGGGGUUCAACGAGAAAGAUCUGGAUCUAUCCCCAGAAGUCAGCACCGAGAAGGUCUUGGGGAUGUGGUGGUGUACUGUUUCAGAUACGUUCACCUACAAGAUUGGGUGGAAUCGCUAUGACCGUGCUCUUCUGGAAGGCCAUAGACGUCCUACAAAACGAGAAGUCCUGCGAGUGCUGAUGUCAAUUUUCGACCCUCUUGGCUUAAUAGCUCACUUUCUCAUGUUCCUGAAGGUGUUGUUGCAGGAGGUGUGGCGCUCGGGAGUUCAGUGGGACGAAGAGAUAACCGACGACGCGUUUGCAAAAUGGCAGCACUGGUUGAAGUUAUUGCCUCAGGUAGAACAAGUCCGAGUUCCAAGGUGCUAUAGGUCGCUAACCCUGACCCCUGAAGAUGAAGCGGAGCUCCACAUUUUCGCCGACGCCAGUGAAAGCGGAAUGUCCGCCAUCGCUUAUCUACGGUUCGUCAAACACCAGACCAUCGAGUGUAGAAUUGUAGCAGCAAAAACUAGGGUAGCGCCGUUGAAGUUUGUAUCUAUUCCCCGACUAGAAUUACAGGCCGCGGUAGUUGGCGCUAGAUUAGCUCACACGAUCGAGGAUGCCCUGUCUGUAAAAAUUUCUAAAAAGUAUUAUUGGACUGACUCCCGCGACGUACUUUGUUGGCUGAACUCCGACCACCGCCGAUACACACAAUUUGUUGCGUUUCGUGUCAGCGAACUUUUGGAGAUUACCGAAGCAAACGAAUGGCGCUGGGUGCCAUCCAAAAUGAAUGUUGCGGACGACGGUACCAAGUGGAGCACCUUUCCCGAUCUUUCACCCGGCAGUAGAUGGUUUGUUGGCCCGGAGUUCUUACGACUACAGGAAACGGACUGGCCACAACAACCUACGAAUAAUUGUUCUACAGAAGAAGAACUUCGUCCCAGCUUCCUUGCCUAUCACGUUCCCUACGAACCACUCGUGAACUCAGCAAGUUUUCUAGCUGGAAGCGUUUGCUGA